GAGCACAAGAUCGUUAAAGGACGUAACAUGGCCAUUACAAGGGUUGUUGGUAACAGAGUUUAUUUGAAAGUGAACAUCAAAGAUGAAGAACAGCUCUAUCCGUUAAUCGAAUUUUUGCAAAACAAAAUCGCCACACCCAACAACUUGUUGUUCGACGAUUUCCAAUUCGACAAAAAUCAAUUAUCGAUGCGUAUCAGUCGCCUUGAAAACCCAAAACCGAAGAACGAGAAGCGCAUCGACACUGUGGAAGGCGUCGCACAAGCUGUCUAUAAACGACGGAAAGACAUUGCGAGAUUCUCGGGCGCCCAAGUAGACGAAACUGGUAUUGGUAUAGGAGAGCUGUCAUACCAUAACCGUGAUAUUCCAUUUAGGACUCUGUACCUUAUUCAUGACAAGGACGAAUUGCCCGUUUUUAAGGUGCAUCUAAUGAAACAUCGUCGUUUCUACACCACCAACAUCACAAACGGUAUCCACGAUAUUGAAGGAAAGAACAGCUUGACUUAUCAGGAACUUUGCCGUCAACGAAUGAACCAGGACACAGGGUCGGGACGUGGCAGUAAGAGCUCAUCAACGUCUAGUUGGUGUGAAGAAGCUGUCGCCCAAUCGAGUAUCGAUAUCUCUACUGGUCAUGUGAUAUUGAAUUUCCUUCAAGACUGUCUAGCUGAUCCAUCAAAGAUCGAAGCCCAAUGGGAUACUAUUCGUGACUACCGUAAUCCGGAUAAGCAUGUUACCAUCGGUACUCAGCAUGCUAAUCGUAACAGAAGCGUCGUUCCAUUUGAUGAAAGCCUUGUUCCGGUUGAUUCGUGGGAAGAGGGAAAAACGGAAUACCUCAAUGCAAGCUUCAUCUACGACGAUGAUCCAAGACAACCUGUUUACAUCGCUGCUCAAACACCACGCGGCGAAGAUGUGGCGUCCUUCUGGCAGGCAAUUUGGCAGCAUGGAGUUUGCCUGAUCGUAAAUCUGUCCACCCUGGAAGAAAGCAAACAGGAGAAGAGCUAUUGGCCCGAGUCUGGUUCCGAAGUACAUGGUCCAUUCGAGAUUCACCUUGUCUCGGAACACAUUUGGAGCGAUGACUAUCUCGUGCGUUCGUUCUACCUGAAGAAUCUCCGUAACGGCCAGACACGUACCAUCACUCAGUUCCAUUACUUGUCUUGGAAACGCGACGAGACGCCAUCCAGUCCGAAGAGCCUCAUCGAAUUCAGACGUAAGGUGAACAAAUCAUAUCGUGGUCGUGCAUCACCGGUACUAGUACACUCAUGGGAUGGAGCUGGUCGAACCGGGGUCUUCUGUGCUGUCGAUCUCUUAUGCGGACGCCUACUCAAAGGUGUCCGCCAACUGGAUGUCGUCGCUUCCGUUGAACACCUUCGUGAUCAAAGAGAUGGUCUCGUUCGUACCGCGGAUCAGUUCAAGUUGAUUUAUGGAUGUGUUGCCCAAGAAGUGAAUUCAUUGCUAAAAGCAUUACCGCAAUGA